GGCUAAUGAGACCUCAAGUAAAAAUAAUGUGUCUCGACAGCGACCGCCAUGGAUCAUGUCAAAGAUGAGUACCGUCUCUCGUAUCUCCGGGUGGAAGACCCACAAGAACAACAUCAAGCACAACGCCGACCCUUAUCGGCAGCGGAUCAGGCCAUCAUUCACUCGCAGGGAUCGGGGUCACUGGGAACUAGUUGGUUAUGGGAAAUUCUGAGUUGUGUCAUCGCAGUGGCAUCCCUCGCGGCCAUUAUCGUGGUGCUGUACAUGUAUGAUGGGAAAUCAAUACCAGAUUGGCCUUAUGGAAUCACGUUGAACGCUGUCAUCUCGUUGUUAACCACGCUGAUGAAGGCCGCUAUGGCUUUUCCCAUAACCGAGGCCCUUUCCCAACUCAAGUGGUCGUGGUUCAGCCGGGGGAACCAGCUGAGUGACUUGGCGCUGUUGGAUGCCGCGAGCCGGGGAGCCAUCGGCGCCGUUCUAGUGUUGCUGCGAUUCGUACCUCGAUAUUUGGUAACGGUCGGAUGCUUCGUCCUCGUCGUCGCGGCAGCGAUUGCUCCAUUCGUUCAACAGGUCAUCGCUAUCAAUAUGCGAUCCGUCCACUCGCCCAAUCCAUCCUCUAUUCAGAUCUGCAACACCAGCGUGUACACCGACUAUGGUGAAGGAGCUGGCCCUGGGCAGAAUGAAGUGCCCCUCUCGACGAUGGCGUCCAUCUACACGGGCAUCUUCCAAGGCCAAAGCACCAGCAGUCACUCGGGGACGAUGACCUGUCCGACGGGAAAUUGUACCUUUGUUCCCUACCAGUCUCUGGGUUUCUGCAGUCGCUGUGUCAAUAUUACCGAUCAGCUUACUGUAAACCAUUCGUCCGACUCAUUGACAAGAUUAGAAACCUAUGACUACAAGCUACCGAAUGGAUUGACUUUCACGACGUCCACGACGGGGAUGCACAUCAUGAAUGCCACGAACGGGCUGAACCUGCUCCAGAUUGAUGCUGAAGGACUUCCACUCAUCAUGAAUUUCACGGCGAUCAGUGCGGCUGGCUACGGAGUGCCGCCCCAGAUCAGCGCAACAGAAUGUGCCUUGUAUUUCUGCGUCGACACAUACGAAGCGACCGUUAAGGAUGGCGUAUUCAACGAGCGAGUCGUGUCCUCCGCGAUAUCCUCCAAUUUGUCGGCCACAGCCAUGACGGAGGACUUCGUCCUGGUCCCGGACACUUGCUAUGUCAACGGGACCCAGAGAAAUGAUAAGAGCGAAUGCACAUACCCUGUGAGCUGGCUCAGCCGGCUCGCGAUGGUGAACUCCCUCCGGCCGCUCCUGAACGGGUCCGGGGAAUACUUCAUGUCCAAUCGACCGUACUGGUCGUCUGACACUGCUCGCGCUCUCUUCGGUCAGCAGGGCAACUUGUCCGAGAUCAGCACUAUCUUCACCUCGCUUGCGUCUUCCCUCACGAUCAAUGCCCGCACUCAAGUCUGCAAGGCCUCUGUGAGGGGCAUGACCUGGACAGCGGAAUCAUUUGUGAGUGUUCGCUGGCCAUGGAUGAUUCUCCCGAUUGCCCUCGUUGCAAUGACAAUUAUCUUCCUGGCGGUGACCAUGAUCAAGACCCGAAACCAGUAUAUUUGGAAAUCAUCCCCAUUAGCGCUUUUGUUCUCAGAUCUGGCUGUGGAGACGCCGCAUACUUUCCAUAGGAAUCCUAGUCUGAGUGGGAUGGAGGAUGCAUCGAGAAAGAUGAAGGUUUGGUUGGAGAUCACGUCUGGAGGUGUGAAGCUCAAGGGUAUUCCCCGAUAGCGGCCUACAUAUGCCUUAAAGGAUCGCAUACUGUAAAUAAAAUGACUGUAAGUUUAAUGUGUACUUGUAUUUAUGCGCUCGUUGCUCUUCCUUUUGAAAAUCAUCAGUCGACAUUCUAGAGUGGCCCUUGAUCUCCGCGAUUACUCCUUGCGUUCUUUGUCGAUGAAUAAUCACUCUCUAGAGGCGGCAGCGUGUAUGGUCUGCCUGACUGGCUCGAGUUUCCAUUGCUGAUUAUCCUGCUUUCUAAAUGGAAAUCUCAGGAUAGGGCACCACAGUGAUCGUCUCCACCCUCAACGUCGAGUACCAAGACGGGGUGCUCCGCAUUGUACAUGCUAAACUGAGUCACAGGAUACCCUAAACGGGGAUACGAA